GCCGGCUUCGCGCUCCGCACAGCGGCGAGACGGGGCUGUCCCUCCGUCGGUCGCCUGCGCGAAACCCCGCCCCGGGAGGUGUCACGGAGCUCCGCUGAUAAAAGCCCGGCCCUGCGGUGUCGCGUUCUCAGCUCUGGACUCGGGAGGCUCCGUUUCCUGCUCCUGGAGGGGGACGCGCUGCAGACGACAACCCCGGCGGGAGAACAUUUGAGGAUAGGAAUAGGCCAAGUCCUGAGAAGAUGAGUCUUAGGAUUGAUUCGGAUACAAACUUUCCUGAGUGUGUUGUAGAUGCAGGAAAAGUCACCCUUGGGACUCAGCAGAGGCAGGAGAUGGACCCUCGCCUGCGGGAGAAACAGAAUGAAAUCAUCCUGCAAGCACUGUGUGCUCUGCUGAAUUCUGGUGGGGGUGUAAUCAAGGCUGAGAUUGAAAACAAAGGCUACAAUUAUGAGACUCAUGGAGAAGGACUGGAUGUGCCUCCAAUUUUCAGAAGCUAUUUAGAUGCAAUGCAGAAGGAAAACUACUUUUUGAUGUUUGUGAAAUCAUGGAACACAGAGGCUGGCGUGCCACUUGCUACCUUAUGCUCCAAUUUGUACCACAGACAGGGAACAUCCACUGAUGUCAUGGAUUCUCAGGAAGCUCUGGCAUUCCUCAAAAGGAGAACUCAGACUCCUAUGAAUAUUAAUGUUUCCAAUUCAUUAAGUCCACAGGCAGCUCAGGGCAGUUUACAAUAUGAAGGUAACAUAAAUGUCUCAGCUGCUACUUUAUUUGAUAGAAAGCGGCUUCAGUACCUGGAAAAACUCAACUUUCCUGAGUCUACACGUGUUGAAUUUGUGAUGUUCUCAACAGAUGCGUCACACUGUGUUAAAGACAGACUUCCGAAGUGUGUUUCUGCAUUUGCAAAUACUGAAGGAGGAUGGGUAUUUUUUGGUGUGCACGAUGCGACUUGUCAAGUGAUUGGAUGUGAAAAAGAGAAGAUAGACCUUACCAGCUUGAGGACUUCUAUCGAUAGCUGUAUUAAGAAGCUACCUGUCCAUCAUUUCUGCACACAGAGGCCUGAGAUACAAUAUGUCGUUAACUUCCUUGAAGUACAUGAUAAGGGGGCCCUCCGUGGAUAUGUCUGUGCAAUCAAGGUGGAGCGAUUCUGCUGUGCAGUGUUUGCCAAAGUACCUAGUUCCUGGCAGGUGAAAGACAACCGUGUGAGACAAUUGCUCACAAGAGAAUGGACUGCUUGGAUGAUGAAAGCCGACCCAGAUCUUUCCAGGUGUCCUGAGAUGGUCCUUGCGCUGAGUUUGUCAUCUGCCACACCCCUCAGCAGCACUGUGUGCAUUCAUAAGAAUUUGGAAGGUCUGAAAGAGCAGCAGAAACACUACUUUCCAGUAUUUUCAGACAGAGUGGUGUAUACUCCAGAAAGCCUCUACAGGGAGCUCUUCUCACAACAUAAAGGACUCAGAGACUUAAUAAAUACAGAAAUGCGCCCUUUUGCUCAAGGAAUAUUGAUUUUUUCUCGAAGUUGGGCUGUGGACUUAGGUCUGAAAGAGAAGCAGGGGGUCAUCUGUGAUGCUCUUCUAAUUUCCCAGAACAACACCCCUAUUCUCUAUACCAUCUUCAGCGAGUGGGAUGCAGGGUGCAAGGGCUAUUCUAUGAUAGUUGCCUAUUCUUUGAAGCAGAGGCUGGUGAACAUAGGUGGUUACACUGGGAGAUUAUGCAUCACUCCCUUGGUCUGUGUGCUGAAUUCUGAUAGAAGCUCACAAGGUGUUUACAGUUCAUAUUUACAAAUUUACCCUGAAUCCUAUAAUUUCAUGACCCCCGGGCACAUGGAAGCCCUGUUACAGUCCCUCGUGAUAGUCUUGCUUGGGUUCAAAUCCUUCUUAAGUGAACAGCUGGGCUCUGAGGUUUUGAACCUACUGACAGAUAAACAGUAUCAAUUGCUUUCAAAGAACCUUCGCAAGGCCAGAGAGUUGUUUGUUCAUGGCUUACCUGGAUCAGGGAAGACUAUCUUGGCUCUUAGGAUCAUGGAGAAGAUCAAGAAUGUGUUUCACUGUGAACCGGAAAACAUUCUCUACAUCUGUGAAAACCAGCCCCUGAGGAAGCUGGUGAGUUGCAGCACAAAGAAGAUCUGCCAGGCAGUGACCCGGAAAACCUUCAUGAAAAACGGCUUUGAACACAUCCAGCACAUUGUCAUUGAUGAAGCUCAGAAUUUCCGCACUGAAGAUGGGGACUGGUAUUCGAAGGCCAAGUUCAUCACUCAGACAGCAAGGGAUGGCCCAGGAAUUCUCUGGAUCUUUCUGGACUACUUUCAGACCAAUCACUUGAGUUGCAGUGGCCUCCCCCCUCCCUCCGAGCAGUUUCCAAGAGAAGAGAUCACCAGAGUGGUCCGCAAUGCAGAUCCAAUAGCCAGUUACCUACAACAGGUAAUGCAGGAAGUCAGAGAAAACCCUCCACCUAACCUCCCCCCCGGGGCCCUGGUGAUGCACCAUGAACCUAAGUGGGCUGAAGGUGUCCCAGGCAACUUAGAGAUUAUUGAAGACUUGAGCUUGGAGGAGAUCCUGAUUUACGUAGCAGAGAAGUGCCGUUUUCUCUUCAGGAAUGGUUAUUCUCCCAAGGAUAUUGCUGUGCUUUUCAGCAAAGCAGGUGAAGUGGAAAAAUAUAAAGACAAGCUUCUAACAGCAAUGAGGAAGAGAAAAAUGUCUCAGCUCAAUGAGGAAUCUGAUCCGUUCCUGCAGAUCGGGGACGCAUCGGAUAUUCUGGCCGAUCACAUUGUGUUGGACAAUAUCCGUCGAUUUUCAGGCCUGGAAAGAAACAUCGUGUUCGGAAUCAAUCCAGGAGUAGCCCAACCGGCUGGGGUCUACAAUCUUCUGCUCUGUUUGGCUUCUAGGGCAAAAAGACAUCUGUACAUUCUGAAGUCUCCUAUGUGAUAGGAGAACCCCAGCCUGAGAAACAAUUAAGUGGUUCUCAUCUCUAAUCAAAUCAUUUGAUCCAAACAUGUAAGCACACACUCGCUUAUUAAGUCACAUAUUCUUCUAGGUGCUGGGGAUUGAGGACGAAUCAAUGUAAGGUUUCUCCUUUUGGGCAGAGACAGACCACUGACAAGUACACAGAUAGACAAGCGGUUUCCCAUAGUAAAGAAUAUCAGUAAUUAGAGGACCCUGAGACUCAGAGAGAUGUGUGUGUGUGUGUGUGUGUGUGUGUGUGUGUGUGUGGGCAGAUGGAGGGAUGGGGUGGUUAUUUUGAGUGGUCAGGGAAGUGCUCAGGGAGCGAAGAACUUGUCAUGAAAAUAUCUGAGUGUGCCAGGCAGGCUCGGAUGUCUUUGUUAUUUUUAACAUGGCCAUGUGCAGAAAAGCUUAAACGGGACGUGCAAGCAGAAUGUGAAGGAUGGAGCGGGUAGCUCAUCUGGCCUUGUAGGGGCCAGGAACGGGCAAGACAUGUUUUGAAAUGUAAGAUCACAGGCUGUUUUUUGCAAGACCACAUUAGGUCACUUUAUUAUUUUCUGCUUUUGCUUUUAAUGGCAUUAGAUGGUUUUUGAUCACUAUAUUUUAAGAUACUUUCUGUGUGCCUUUUGGUUAUUUGGAAUCUGCUCCUUAGCUCUGCUUUUUUAUCCUUCUGGAGUAUCAUAGGUUACUACAAGAAAGAAAGACUGCCACAGUCCCCCAGUGAGGCACACUGUGUGUUAUUGACUGAUUUUAAGAUGACAGAGGACCUAGGAGGACGAGUGUAUUGGACUUGAAGGUUACAUUUUGUUUUUUCAUCUAAUUUAAUAAUCAACAAAAUGACAAAGUCAGUUGAAUACCUUACUUCUGCUAAGUCUUCAGGAUUUUAGCUAGUCUUUCAAAAGCCAUCGCUACAAUGGUGCAAAUUUCUCAUUUCCUGUGAGUCUCUAGAAAUUCUCUCAAUAUUGAAAGCCAACAAAUCCAUCUUUUUUGAGGGACAAAAACUAAAAAAUUCAAAGAGUUAAUUCUCUAUUCAAAACAGCAAGACCCUGCUAUUUCCCAAGAAUAAAGAAGUUUAAAAUUCUCAUUGUAAGAAGUAUGAACUUGAGGCUAGAAUUGGUUUAUUUCUGGCAGCUACUUACAAUAUUAAGAACUUUACUCUUUAAGACAAUCUCACAGGAAAGCAUGAAAUUAAUCUAUUGUGAAAUGUUGUUAUGACUAAUUUGAAUUAUACUGCAAAUCACUAGUAAGUAGAGAUAUAUUUAAGAUAAAAUGAUUAAUAUAACAAGUGGUAAUUCUGAAUAAAGAUCAGAAUAAAUCCACAUUACAGACUCUCCCUUUACCAAUAUGUAAAAGAGUGUGCAAAAUUAGUAAAAAUAUAGCCCCAAAUUUACCGGCAACAGAGAAGCAAAGAAUGGAGUUUUAACCUUACACUCUAAACAUCUAACAGAUAUGUAUGAAAAUUUAAAAAAUAGAAUAGGUUGGGCAUGGUGGCUCAUGCUUAUAAUUCCAGGACUUUAGGAGGCCAAGGUGGGAGGAUUAUUUGAGCCUAGGAGUUCAAAACCAGCUUGGGCAACAUAGUGAGACCCUAGCUCUCAAAAAUAAAUAAAUAAAUUUAGCUGGGCAUGAUGGUGAACACCUGGAGUCCCAUCUAUUCAGAAGGCUGAGGCAGGAAGAUCACUUGAGCUCAGGAGUCUGAGGUUACAGUGACCUGUGAUCCGACCAGCGCACUCCAGCCUGGGUGACAGAGCAAGCCCCUGUCUCUAAAAAAAAUAAA